ACCAAACAGAAAAGAAUCAGAAGUUUCUUUAGCGUCGUUUCUGUUCAUCCCACUGGCACGCAGCAAAAUCGGCAUUGGAGAAGUAACUAACUAGAGCAUGCCCACAUUCUCUUACUUCAAAAUUCGUUACCUUUUUCUGUGUAUCGGGUUACAGUGUUGACGCAAAAUGCAAACGGUUCGUGUUUGUGGGGAUAAUCAGCUAUGGCGUUACGACGCCGUCUCGUUCUUCGGCUCUCGCGUGUCGUUUCGGAGCACCCGUGUGUCGUUUGGCGCUCCCAGAAGAAGCCGAGUGGUGUCCAAGGUUGUUAAGCGCAGCCCCAAGCGUCUCAAGUACACUUCCGGUUCUCGCUUCACCAAGGAGGAUGGUUUGGUGUACGUUGAAGCAGACCCGUCUGCGUCUGACUCUUGGAAAUUGGAACCGAUUGUUAGUAUGUUGAAACAAGGUGCUGUUGGUGUCAUCCCCACUGAUACCCUGUAUGCAAUUGUAUGUGACCUCAGAAGCCACUCAGCCAUUGAACGUCUUCGUAGAAUCAAGAAUAUAGAAGCUUCAAAGCCUCUUAGCAUCUUGUGCUACUCAUUUCGGGACAUAGACAAGUACACAGUUGGAUUUCCACGUGGUGAUGGUCAAGGCCAUGCUAAUCUAUUCAAAGCUGUUAAGCAUUGCUUACCUGGUCCUUACACAUUCAUCCUAAUUGCAAGCAAAGAAUUACCCAAGCAAUGCAUUAGGUUUGGGACUUCUUCUGCCAAAUAUGCAUCAAGAAAAAAUGUGGGUGUCCGCAUGCCUGAUGAUGCCAUUUGCCAAUCAAUACUAAAGGAGAUGGAUGCACCAUUAAUAUGUACAAGCAUCAAGUUCCAGAAGGAAGAUGAAUGGAUGAUCGAUCCAGUUAUGAUAGCUGAUACAUAUGGACCAGAGGGUCUUGAUUUUGUUGUUGAUGGUGGUGUAAGAGUGGCUGAACCGUCCACAGUGGUCGACAUGACAAAACUGCCUCCCAAAGUACUACGACAAGGAAAGGGUCCUAUUUUACAUUGGAUGGAACUGGAAGAUGAUCAGAUGAUUGAUGUUGAUAAGGAUCUAAUCCCUGCUGGUAUUUGAAAGUAAUAAUCCAUUUCAUUGAAGAUUUAGUAUGUUGAAACCUGUUCAUGACUCUUUCCAACUUCUGUCCAAUCCUCUCAAUGAAUUUUACUCAUUUUUUCCCCUUCUUGUUGGUGGAAAGGUGGGAGCAUAAAUGAGAAAAAGGGAAAUAUAUGUACAAACAUGAGCAUGUAAAGUAAAUAUUUCAUUUCAUGUAAAUAAAAAUUCAUAUUGUCAAUCUCAUUUUAUUUGAAAUGAAUUCCCUUGUUUAGAUUGUACGUAUACUAGAAGCUAUGAAGGAUGUAAAGAUUUUUUUUGGUGGGAAGAUGUAAAAAUAAUUUUGUUCAGAUAUUAUUUAGUUUUAUUAACAUUUUUUUAA